AGAUCAAAAUAAAAGAUCAAUUAGUAUUUUGAAAACUUCGCAAUAGAAAUUUAAUUAAACGGAGAAAUGUUUUCUAAAAUUUCCUUAAUACUUUUAAGCAUUUGCCUCUGUGGUUUGGUGCAGGCAACUCCUAUAAGCGAUUUUGCUAAAAAUGUUGAAUCAAGUGUUCAAAAUUUACUUGGUGUUCAUUGUAUGGUAGAAUCUGUACUUAAUUUAGAGGAUGCUGCCGAUGAGUUUACCUAUCAAAUCUCUAAGAGCUGUGGCGCUGAUGCUGUUAAAAAUCUAGCUACAGAACUUGCUGACACUAAGGCUCUUAUGAAAUUAACCUCGAAGGUGAUUGAUACCAAUGAUGAUGAAGAUAUUUGUGAUAAUUCUGCAUUUGAUGAAGAUACAGAUAGUGAUACUGAAGCCUCCAGCGAUUGUGCUACCCAACUUAAAACCCAAAUGGCAGACUUGUUGACUUCAUUUAAGACAACUAAGAAGGAUAUAACUAAUGGUUUAAAGCAAUCCUAUAAUAGCGCUGCCUGUGUCAAAAUGGCCAUGACAAAUUUCAAAUACUUUUUAAAUAGUUUUCCUCAACGUAUUGAAACAUGUGCUGAACUUGCAGCUGAUGCUUAAUAUUGAAAUAUUUUUAUUAUAUUUGAAAUAUGUAAUAAUAUAUUUCUAAUAAAUACAAUUUGAGGAACAUUAAAA